GUGGCACCUGGCAACCCUGCUAACUAGGGUGGAGCUCCUUGCAACUUUUUUUCUGGGCAUGUUGCGUUUCUGCAGUUCGUUCUGAAGGGGGAAAAAAAGGCAAGCUGGCCGAUGUAUUAAGCGUGAUAAGGUUCUUUCUUUCUUUUCUUUUUGCUUUUUUUUUUUUUUAAAUGAGGACCGAUUCUUACUUUUUUUUUAUAUAUAGUAGUAUUCCUCUGUUUGGCUGCCCUUGUGUGACAUCAGCUAAUAAAGAUGGGGGCAAAUAAAGAGAAGAAUGAAACAUGCGGGACCAUUUGCUUAAAAUACCUGCUCUUCACCUUCAAUUUCCUUUUUUGGCUGGCAGGGGGUGCAGUGAUGGCUGUGGGCAUCUGGACGCUAGUUGAGAAGAGCGACUACAUCAGUCUGCUGUCCUCAAAGAUUUAUGCUGUCUCUGCCUAUAUACUCAUCAUGGCCGGGGUGAUUGUUAUGGUAACGGGGAUUUUAGGCUGCUGUGCCACCUUCAAGGAGCAAAGACGACUUCUGAGAGUGUAUUUUGUUUUACUGCUGUGUAUUUUCCUGCUGGAGAUCCUGGCUGGAGUUUUGGCCUACAUUUAUUACCAGCAGCUGAAUGAGGAACUGAAGGGGAACUUGAGGGAGACCAUGGUUCAGAAAUAUCAUCAGCCUGAGCAUGAGCAUGUAACGAAGGCUGUGGACAAACUACAGCAGGAGUUCAAGUGCUGUGGCAGUAACAGCUCGUCUGAUUGGGUGGAGAGUGUUUGGAUCCGCUCUCGUGAGGCUGAUAGUCGGUUGGUCCCUGACAGCUGCUGUAAGAGCCCAGUCAUUAAGCUGUGUGGUCGGAGAGCUCACCCCUCAAAUAUCUAUAAAGUAGAGGGUGGCUGCAUCACAAAGCUGGAGAACUUCAUUCUGAAUCACCUGCAGAUCAUUGGUGCAGUGGGCGUAGGCAUAGCUUGCGUGCAGAUUGUCGGCAUGUUUUUCACCUGCUGUCUGUACAGGAGUCUGAAAUCAGAGCCAUACUGAGGAGCUCAAAUACAGCAUUAAUCAGUGACCAUACAGCAUUUUGUUUAAACAGAUUGGAAAUGAUUGAGGGUUCUGCACACUAUCAAAUCAGUUCUAACUAUCCACGGGCACAGAGACACAAAAGUAGUGUUUUAUGAUUUUAUGAUCAGUCACACAUUAAGUACUACUGAGCAAGAAAGUAUGUUCUGAUCCUUUUUUUGUAAGUGCCAAGUGGCUUUAUUAUUCUGAUUAAUUAACUUAAGUUUGGACUGUAUUUUAUAUAUGAAACCUUUUAUGUACCAUUUUUUGCUUUGUAUGAGUGUACUCCCAGAUCCUCAAUCAAAAUAUAAAACCUCUGCCACAAAACAUUUAGUUUUUUGGACCAGUUAAUCCUGCCUUGUGAUUUAUGCACCACUAUCAGCACCAGAGAGAAUUGCAAAAAUAAAUUUAAACACAUACGGAAAUGUUAAUGACAAAAACCUUUAAAGCAUGAAAGAAUGUUGAAUUGUACAAACUGCAUGAAACUGCAUUUGUUUUAAAUUCAGAAAUUGCAGGUGAAAUGUUGCAUGUUGCAUGUGAACUAAAUGAUCAUUGCUUAAAAAUACAAACAUAGAAAUUGCAGUCCCCAAAUGCUGUUAAUGCAGUAUGUUUUUACCCUGGUGAAAAAUAAGUGCACUUUAGCAUACUUAAUAUGGAAAUAAUAUACUUUUUUAAAUAUCAAAUCACCAUGAUUUGUAAAUUAAUGCCCCACAAUGAAAAAAAAAAAAAGAAAUAAAGAAAUAUUGCAUAUCUGUAAUUAAAUAUUUUCAUCAUCAACUAUA